AUGGUCCUUCGAGCCGGAUUCCACGAUCUACGGACAAACAGUGCAAUCGUGAUCCACAAACAGUGGCUAAAGGAUCUGUUGGAUACAACAAAUUUACAAGGAGCAACUCAGAGGUUUGUGUGGCAGGGGACGAAGGACCAAGGUCCAGAGGAAUCAAGCUGGGAGCACAUUAAUUGGGUCAGCAGCAUCCAUACCUGCCCAGGACAAUUCCAACCAGCGACCGGCAUCGCAUCAGUCAAGCGUUAUCUCCUCAUUUCGGACGGUUUAUGGGAAGCCGCCGUGAAAUCAUUUAAGCACCUCUUCAAACGGGUGGCAGGCGAAGAAUUGUUCACCCUCGAACAAUUUAAUACGUUAGUAAUCGAGAUCGAGGCAAUACUAAAUUCACGCCCCCUCACUCCUCUCUCUACAGACCCAAACGACCCAUUAGCGCUGACUCCUGGGCAUUUCCUUAUCGGUAAUUCCUUGACGAGCAUUACUGAGACUGAUUUCAGUGAAACACCAACCAAUCGGCUGUCCACCUGGCAGCAUAUACAGAAGGUCAAACAGCAUUUCUGUACCAGGUGGCACAAAGAGUACGUGAACCACCUGAAUUUACGACACAAGUGGACAUCCGGCCACCACAUCCAAGAAGGGACCAUAGUGGUGCUGAGGGAGGAUCAUCUUCCGCCGCUGGCCUGGCAGCUCGGCCGAGUGGAGACCACUCAUCCCGGAACGGACGGGAUCAUUCGAGCCGUUACAGUUCGAACCAGCCACGGAACAUACCGACGGAAUGUGAAGAAGAUGGAACCUCUUCCAAUCGAAGAAGAGGACCCUCCGUCUACGCCCGAUCGAGUUUCGUCAGCGGAUCAAGAGCAUUUCACAUCUUGA